AAUAAGUAAUGAAAAGAAAAGGAGUAACAAUAAUAAAAAUUGAUAAUAAAGGUAAUAGUAUUACUUUGUUCUCUUUAAAAACCCUAAACCCUCUCCGGUUAUCCCUCUCAGCGCUCUCCAGCAACCACUCUCCGGCGGCGAGUUAAGCUUGCUAGGAGUGGCACAUCCAAGGUUCAACGACAGACAACCAAACCAAGCGUGAAGAGGUUAUUUUGGAUUGCAGCUUUCGAGGUGGGGUUUACUUUAUCUGUAUGCUCUUCACUACGUGCUUUGUUAAAUUGAACAGAUAUUCCGUUAGAAAAUACAUGUCAUUCAGAGGAAGAGGGGGCGGCCGUGGCCGUGGAGGGCCACCUAGAGCCAAGCAAAUGCCCUUCGAUCUCUUUCCGGAAGUUGCGAUAGGUGUAGUGAAGUAUUCUGUGGAAGAAGUAAAGAAGUAUUCUCCGUUUGUGUCCUGGUCACAGAAUCUGCAGACCUUUUUCGAGACAUCUCCUUACCAUUACCAAGAUAGAAGGCUAACCCUACAGAAAAUGCAAAAACUAGACAUAGAGAGGUACUCGGAUAAGAAAUUGCAGGCAACAACUGUUAAGCAACCACUCCAUCACUUAAUAAUGAUGGACAAAGAUCAUAUGCCUGCAGAACUAGUCAGAGGUGGACGGCCGACUGUCAAGAGAAUCAAGUGGGGCAAUGAAAUAGACUUGAACAAACUUGAUCAGUUUGAGAAGCUUGAGGAGAAGCAUAAGGGAACUGAAGAAGAAAACCAAGAAGAGGAAGUAGAAGAGGAGGAAAAUGAAGAAAAUGAAGAAAAUGAAGAAUAUAGUGAUGACAAUGAUUAUACGAAGGGUGAAUACGUUGAUGACGAUGAAGAUGACUUUAACAUGGAUGACGAGGCGAACGAGGAUGAUGCAGGGAUUUUUUGAGUUAGCAUCACAUUGAUCAUCAACCUGGCUACAUGUGCUCUAAUUUAGCCGGUGUUAUAGUAUGUAUGUAUAGUUUUUUUUUAUGUUGAUCAAUUUUUCUAGUGGUGUUCCAGUGAUAGUAGAGUAGUAUUUACAUAUUAUAAGCUGCGCAACGAAAUAAACUUUUUGGUCUUUGGUUUAUUCUUUAUGUGGUAUUACUAAUAUUCUUUAUGUUUGAUUUGGAUUGAUCGAUGAUUUUAAUUCUUGCUUAUAUUAUAAA